CUUCCGGUUUUGAUAACGAUAUUAAUGUUUUAUCCGGACAAGUGCCCCAGUGUCUUUAUGAUAUUAAUGGGGAUAUAUUCUUCGUGAUUUGUUUUCGAAUCCGUAGAUAACAAUUUGAGACGGUGUUUUAUACAUUUUGAUUGAUACAUGUUCACCAGCUAUUUACCAAUACCAUGUUAGUUGGACACUUGUGAAAACACUUGUAAAAAACCGGAGUGACAGUAAUCCGACUUACAUCUGAUUUUUGGUGCUGCAUAUUUUCUACAUCAUAUGUGUCAAUCGUGAAAAUGUGAGCGAUAUUGGUUAUCAUCUAGUGGGCACGUGCCAUACAGAUAUAUGGUUCCACGCACCUGUCCACACGAAGAGAAAUCCCAGUAAACUAAACUCGAAAAUGUAAGACAAAUUGCCUGCCCGUAUUCUGGUUUUGAAGGAAUCUCCUAACCUGUUAUUAUCAACAACAAAUUCAACAAUGAAGGUUGCAGUUAUUGGAUGCGGAGCUAUGGGCAUACGAAUUGCAGGCGAACUGGCAUAUCACGGUCACCGAGUGAAGAUCACUGACAAUGAUGUGAGGGCACUCAACAAUGUAUAUGAGAGGCUGCAGGAAGACAAGAUGAUGCUACACUCAGAGAAACUCAUGCCACACAAAAAUUUUAUUGGCCAGAUACUGUGCAUGAGUCAGCUGGAGGAGACCGUCAGUGAUGCAGAAGUCAUCUUCGAGGUUGUCAAAGAAAACCUGAACAUUAAGCAGGAUUUAUUUGAACGUAUAUCUCAUCUUUGCAAGCCCAGUGCCAUCAUCGCCACCAACACACUCUGCCUCAACAUAACAGACAUCGUGGAGAGAACUCUCAACAAGGAGAGGACUAUUGGACUGCGCUUCCUGUUUCCUGUGUACUACAUCCCUGAAGUGGAGAUCAUGGCCGGCCGACACACCUCGCCAGACACUAUAGAGAAAGUGCGCAUCAUGUUGGAGAAGAUGGGCAAGACGUUGUUUUUCCGGUCCGGAGGAUUCCCCCUCAUACUCUCUGAGGAUGAGAGGGACAAGCGAAAACAGGCCCGCUUGGAACAGAUUCAGAGCCUGCAGAUGAAGGAGAACACAAUACCAGCACUGUCGCAUCGCGGAAACGUCACACCACGUGUUCACGAUGAUGAUGCGAUGGUGUCAAGUGAGGCCAUGGACCGUGACUGCGCCAUCUGCAUGGAUCGGCUGCGGAACUGUCUGCUGCAGCCCUGCCAUCACAUGGUCACGUGCUACGAGUGCUCCAAGAUGCUCCACAACCGCAAGGAUGGGUGCCCGAUUUGUCGCAAAGAUAUCAACAGCAUCAUCAAAGUGUAUCACUCGUAACUGACCUCUCGAGGUCAUUUCCUGGAUGUGUGUUGAAACCAAAGAUCAUGUCACAUGGGCUUGAACGUUUGUACCUUUAUUAUCAAUAGUACUUGAACACAAAGUUCUUCUUGAACAAACAUUGAAUAAUGUAAUCUUGGAAUGAUAAUUGAUUUUUUUUUGCUCACCUUGAAAAUUGAAAAAACAUUGGAGAGCCUUGAAAAAAUGGAUAAAUGGUUUGAAAAGCUUUGAAUUUCAUGCAUUAUGAUGUGAAUUAAAUGGCAAGUUAUGAUGUUGAGUAGUGAAUACAUGAACCCUACGUGGGCGAUGACCUGUGAGUAGUGAACUUGGUUUAACAAAACUUACUUCCGUACACGAGCUAGGAAAUAGUGGAUCGACCCAACUCACAUUUCACUGUUGUCAGGUCCUUGUAUAUUUCUGUAUACAGGAGUCUGGGGUGACAAGGUUGUUUCAGAUGCCACACUUUGCCGGUUGCAUCCCAUGUCAAUUUGUUUCAUCAAGGUUUGAAUACCAGAUUCACCAUGGUUGUGUUGCUUGGCUUGUCAGCUAGGGCUUCAACUCGACGACUGCUAGACGGGACUCGAGUACCCGAGGGUCAGACUCGGCUCGUGCUCGAGUACCCGCAAUUAUACAUCUGUUCAAUAAAAUUGGCAAUUAUCCUAUCGUAUACAAAAUGAAAGAGUCCUAAUCAUGCUAAUGACAUCGUAGAUCACUAAGAAAAAAAUGUGAUCGUGUAUCAAAUAAAAUACCUUUGAAAUUUGUAUGCUGAUUCGCUGAAGCUUCAUUGAAAUAAUAAUUGUCAACUUGUGAUAAGAAAUCGUUUACAACUCAGUGUAACACACGCAAUGUUCAGGGUGAAAAAAAUAUUGCACACGUCACGUGAUGUAUGUUGCGAUUGGUGAUUGGCUGGAUUUUGGCGGGCUGGCUUCUUGGGUAUACCUUAUAUGAUAGAUAAGAUCAUUUGAUGCCAGCGCCGAAGGAAAUUGUCAAUAAAUGACAAAAUAUAGAUAAUAAGUUAAAAGUAACAUUUUCAAUGUUAUCACAAAUUCACAAGUCAGUAUUUACCUUUAGCGUAAUUGAAAACAAAACAUUGAAAGAUUACUAGGCUUGUAAAUUUAUAGUUGACUUCUAUAAGACGUUUUCCCGACAUUUGAAGAGAUAAUUAGAAUGAGAUACAGUAACACAA